GCUAAUCAGCUUUGACCUCAAGGACAUACACUGAACCAAAAGCAGUCACAACAAGUAACGUAAAUUGGGUUUGGAUUUAUCUGACGUGGAUGAAUACUGUUUGUUCAAAAGGUCAUCAUGAAAUGACGUGAAUGCUAUCUUCAUAGGAACUUGUAGCUGUUUCCAUUACGCAUGUUAAAAUUAAAAUAAUAUCUUGCAAUUGGGAACAGUAUUGAGCCAGCCUCUUGGCAGACUGAGUUGUGCGUUAUAAGUGGUGAGUGUGAUAAACAUGUGCAAGUGUUGUAGAUGUUUGUAUCUGCAUUUAAGAUCCAGGAUGAUGAAAAUGGUUUGUUAAUUUUAUUUGAGCCUGAACUGCUACUGCUACUUACUUAGCCUGAAGAAGUAUAAAGGAUAGGUGUCCCACAAUGUUCCGCUGGGCAGUUAGUAAGGUCCGGCCAGUCCAUGUUGAUAAGACCACGAAGUUCCUUAAUAUGGAGCAGCGUGCUAUGUCUAGUGAGCAGCAAUCAGAAGAACCAGCACCCAUUGUAGCAGCAGAGGCCCCAAGUGCAGAACCACCUCCAAGAGUUCCAGAAAGUGCAGAUGUAGUAAUUAUAGGUGGAGGAACUGCAGGAUGCCAUACAUUGUACCAGUUGGUAAAACGAGGAGUUAAAGCAGUGCUUUUGGAGCGGGGAAAGAUUUCUUCUGGUACGACUUGGCAGUCCGCUGGUAUUGUUUGGAGGUUACGACCUGAUGAAGUUCUAACUCAGCUUCUGAAUUCAACACGGGAUCUGCUGAUGCAGCUUGAAGCAGAGACAGGUUGUGAUCCAGGAUGGAUCAAUAAUGGUGGCCUCUUCAUAGCCAGCACUAAGGAGAGGCUUGAUGAGUAUCGACGUUUAGCCACUAUGGGUGUUAGUUUUGGCAUUGAAUCAUCUAUCUUGGAUCCUGAAGAGACGAAGAAGGUCUUUCCAUUAAUUGAUGCAGAUGUUAUCCAAGGCAGUUUGUAUUCACCAGGUGAUGGUAUUGUAGACCCAUCUAAGCUUUCUGAAGCACUCACACAAUCUGCUAUUAAAGGUGGAGGACAGGUUUUAGAGAAGUGUCCACUGACCAGUAUUCUUACAGGGAAGAAUGGUUUUGGAGCACAACAAAUCACGGGUGUUAUUACUCCAUUUGGCUCCAUAAAAACCAAUUGUAUUGUCAACUGUUGUGGGGUGUGGUCACGUGAAGUGACUGCUAUGGUGGGGCUUCAUCUCCCUUUGGUGCCUAUGAAACAUGCUUAUGUUGUAACUGAGAACAUCCCUGAAGUUCAAGGACUUCCAAACAUACGAGACCAUGAUGCAUCUAUUUAUUUUCGGGUCCAAGAGCAGUCUCUCUGUAUGGGUGGUUAUGAAUCAAAUCCAAUUCUACUGGAGAAGGUUCCACAUGACUUUGAGUUCAGUUUGUAUGAACUGGACUGGAUAGUAUUCAGCAGACACAUGCGAGGAGCAGUGAAUCUGAUUCCAAAAUUUGAAACUGCAGGCAUCAAGGGCACAGUAUGUGGUCCAGAAAGCUUCACGCCAGAUCACAAACCUCUUCUUGGUGAAGAUCCCAGGUUGCAUGGCUUGUAUCACAACUGUGGUUACAAUGCAGCAGGUACAAUGCUCAGUGGAGGUUGCAGUGAUCAGUUGGCCCAGUGGAUUAUACAUGGUCGUCCUACCCUACAUAUGUUUGAUUAUGAUAUAAGACGUUUCACACCUGAACAAAGAAAAGACGCUGCUUGGGUUUUUGCAAAAAGCCAUGAGAGUUAUGCAACAAAUUAUGAUAUUGUGUUUCCUCAUGAUGAAGACUUGGCAGGAAGGAAUUUCCAUCAAGGUCCAUUUCAUCAGGAAAUGGUUGAUGCUGGUUGUGUUUUUGAAGAAAGACAGGGAUAUGAGAGGCCUGGCUGGUUCUCACCUAAAGGCCCAGCACCUGUUCCAAAUUAUGACUGGUAUGGUUCAUAUGGAACGCCUCGCAAUUCAGAUGUCCGUUAUGAAAAUAUGUUGAAAUCAGAUCACACAUUUGAUUUCUCAAAGAUUCACCAUGUGAUUGGUGAGGAGUGUCUGGCAUGUCGUGAGCAAGUUGCACUUUUUGACAUGUCACAAUUUGGAAAACUGUACAUGUGUGGACCUGAUGCCCAGAAGGCAGCAGACUGGUUGUUCACAGCUGAUACUCAUCAUCCUAUUUCCAGAACUGUGUACACUUGUCUACUUAAUACUAAGGCCGGAGUUGAAGCAGAUGUCAUUGUCAGUGCUAUAGAAACUGGAACUGGGGGACUUGUAGAUCCCAUCUUCAAGGGCCGAGGGUUCUACAUUGUUACCAAUGGCCUGUCCGCAUACCAUACAUGGGCACAUAUUUAUCGCAUACUGAGUGAAAAGAAUUUCAAAGUCGGCCUGACAGAUCUGUCAGAGAAGAUUGGAGUACUCUCAGUUCAAGGACCAAAUAGCCGUGAUGUGCUUCAGCCAUUAGUGAAUACAAGUUUAGGUGAUGAAGAGUUUCCAUAUUCUACCACCCAUCUAGUUCGAGUAGCAGACCACUUAUGCCGGGCAGUGCGAAUUAGUUCAGUUGGAGAAUUGGGAUGGCAGCUUCAUAUACCAUGGGACUCAUGUUCUUCAGUCUAUAAAGCUAUCUUGGAACAGGGAAAGAAAUAUGGUCUAAGGCAUGCAGGAUACAGAGCUCUGAAUUCUCUCAGCAGUGAAAAAGGUUAUCACUUAUGGAAUGCUGACUUGCGGACUGAUGACAAUCCAUUAGAAGCAGGACUGGAUUUAAUUUGCCGAGAGGAUGGUGAUUAUGUUGGCAAGGAAGCUCUGGAUGUGAUCAAGCAAAAGGGUUUGAAGAAAAAGCUGGCAUUCUUUCAGCUUCAAAAACAAAUUCCAGUCUGGGGUCUGGAAACCAUUUGGAGAGAUGAUCAAGUUGUAGGAUUCCUUCGAAGAGGGGAGUAUGGCUAUGCCUUAGGGGCUAGCAUAGGACAAGGUUACGUGAAACAUCCAGAGGGGCGACGUGUCACUCCAGAAUUCCUCCAGAAUGGCCACUACCAAGUGGAGGUGAUGGGGAAUCGUUAUGAUGUAUCUGUCUACUUCAAAAGCCCAUUUGAUCCCAAUGGAAAACGACCAUUAGGCAUUUAUGAUGAACAGUUACCAAUCAGGCAAUAAAACCUCAGUUGUUCUACUGCUGAAAAGAGCAGCUCAUCCUUGUGGUUUUCCGUCAUAACACAAAAGACCUUUAUGCCCAAGACAGCGGAAAGUGUUCAGUAUAAAAUAGUUUGCACUUGUACCAUGUCUUAACAAACACAUGCACACACACAUAUAUUUUUAUAUAUAUACACAUACACACACACACAGGUUUAGCAGUUAAGAAAUGGUUGCAGAUAAUGACAAAGAGGGGGAAAGAGAGAUUGAAGUGUGGCAUGGGUUAUAAAAGAAAAUGUUUAAAAGAGUACAUUAAGAAAGUUAGAUGGUUGGAGCCCACAGUACAUAGCAUUUAAAGACCUAAACAGAUGAGGUAAUCAAUAUAUCUCUUGCAUAUGUAUUACUUUAAUAACAAGCCUGACUCCUUAACCAUUUGACAAUUCCAAGGCCCUCCAGUGUGCCAUUUAAAUAGGACAUAGACUACUUUGUCUGUCAGAAGUUAUCUUUAUGUUCAUUUCUUAGCCGUGCUACAAAACAUCCUUCUUUUGUAAAUGAGUUCACUGUUUAAUGAUACAUGAAUGCAGUCUAAUCCAGACCUUUUGCAGAUGAACACAGAGUAUCUUUAUGUCUUUCAAGAAAAGUAAAACUUGAAUGUAAUUCAUUACAUACCACUGUAAUACAGACACACUGAGUUCUAGUGAUUUGAACAUUUCAGCAUGGCUGCCAGCUGUGAUGUAGCAAAUAUCCUACGAUAUUCAGUAUUUUCCCACACAUCCAUAUUGUGUAUUACAUCUGUGAUUACGUCAGUAAUCUAGUUAUUUUGUUCAGUCAUAUUUCAGGUAAGGCUGGCUGGAAGUCCCCAGAAACAAAGUGCAUUUGUGAUAAGUCUGACAAACAAGGAGGCCAUGAUAUUAGUCCCUCAGUCAAUCCAUUGGCACAGGAAUAUAUAAUUUAGAAAUUAUUUUUGUUGGGAAGCAUUUUCAUUGGAAUUGUUUUACCUAUUAUGACCCAAAAUUUUCUGGUCCUACAAAUGAAAGAUGAGAAUCCACAAGGAAGUUCAGCUGUGUAGAGUAUUACUUCUUUACUUUGUACAUACUGAUUGAGUUACUUUGCUCAAGAUAAAAAUACCUUAUAUCACGGCUCACCAACUUUUUCUGGGUGAAGGCAAUUAAUAUACUCCCAUUCAAAGUACACCAUAUGCAUUUACAAAUGCACAUGAACCCACACACACAAACAAUUGUGCACAUUCAAAAUCACUACUUUUUAUGAUUAAGGGGCCAUAAAUAUAUAGUAUAAACAUUUUUUUAUAUUUUCUGAGACCAAAAUAUAAGAAACUGUAAAACAUAACUAUUGAAAUCCCUCUCUCUGCCAUCAGUUUUCACACGUCUGAAAACACUUUCCAGACGCCUUGGUGCCCACAGAUACAUGGUUCGCAAUCCCUGACUUACAUAAUCUAAGUAGUACUUUAUUAAUUAUAUAAUUGUUAUGUUAUAGUUAUUACUAGCCUCAACAUAUGGACUGAAGGAAAGUGUAAGUUUUUCCCAGAAUUUAUUUAGUAUUUGUUCUAUUUAUUCAUUCAGUCUUCCUUCAGACAGCCAUCUGAUACUGCAAUUUUUACUAAUCCUGCUCUAAAAUAUUUGGUUGUAAAUAGGGUAGUCUGUAACUAACCUCUAACUGCAUAUCUGGUAUAAAAACCUGGUGAAACAAUUUGACAUUCAGGGUAAAAUAGGGAGAAUUCAGAAAAGGAAUUCUGCAUCUGUAAACAUUUUACUGAAUGGACAAAAAGUUCAGUUUAUUUGCAAGGAAAUAUAUUCUUACAGUAAAUGUUCUGAUUAAAAGUCUACACUUUAUGUAAUGCACAACUCAUCUUGGACCAAUGUUUACAUCUAUGUAAAAAAUGUAAAUAAGGUGAACUGCA